AUGGGAAAAAAACAGAAGACAAUCAUAUUUAUUAAUUUUUUUGGGUUCAUCCUUUUAUCUUGGAUAUGUCAUUUUUACAUUGAUGUUAAAAUGUUCAAUAUAUCAUUGGAUAAGUACUGCGAGAUUAAGAAAAUACUAAAAAUAAGGAAUUAUAGAUUACUAGGAAAGUAUACACAUAAUAUGGAUUUAAAUUUUAUAUGUACAAAAGAAGAAAUACCAAAUAUUGGAUUAAAUAUUAGAAACGAUAUAUGUAAUAAUGAAGAAAGUGUGAAAACACAAAUGAAGCAGUCAAAUGGAAGUUCACCAGGAAAUACAAGAGGUCAUAAAAAACAUAUGAAAAAUAAAACUUGUACGUUUGAAACAAAAAAAUAUUCUCAUAUGGAGAAAAAGAUAUUCAAGGAACUUGAUUAUCAGGAUUUUCUUAAAAACAACAGAACAAUUAGUGAUAAGUUGUACAAAAAAAUAAUAAUUAAAAAAUACAGAUUACGGUUUGCUUUGCCUUUAGUAUUGUUUUUAUUGUUCUCAUUAGGAUUAAUAUUAGAUUUUCUUGUAAUUGUGGCCUUAGGAGGGGGUUAUAUAAGUUAUUGA